AUGGUACUUCAACACAACUCAUCGAUGGGCAUACUAGCUAAUGACCUCAAGAGUAUACGCGAAAGCGCGCCAUCCGAAGCGCGUCCCACUGUCGCCACGCGCAUACCCAGCACCCCCGGGCCAGAUCAUGGCAUCAUGGCUUUGCCGAAUCCACAGCUGACACAGCGUGCGAGCGAGUACGGCUCAGACAUUGAGAUUAACUCUAUUGCCACGCCGAGCGACUAUGGUUCCGACAUUGAUAUUGACAUUGACAUCGACGACGAUACCAUACUCGCAGACGCUUUCGAGACAAUAAAUCAGGGAGCGCCUGCUGAGAAACCAGCCGUUUUGCCUAGCGUUGAAUUUGAAGAGGGCGAACUAGAAGACGAAGAGCAGGAUGUGGACGGCUUCGUGCAGAUACACAGGCCUGCGCUUCUGCGCGUGGCAAAGGGUACGAGUAGGGUCGAUGCCCAUGUGCAGCGGGAAACGCAGAGCCUCCCUAUGCGGCAGCGAACGACGCUGGAAGUCGAGUACGACGAAAUCUCGCGUCGGGCAUGGAGUGUACCUAUGCAAGACCCUGCCUCGCCAUCCACACCCUCACCCACCCGCUCUUACCGUACCGCAACAAAGGCCAAGGGCGCUCUUCCCCAAUCCGAAGCCGUAAAAGUAGCUGAAGAGGACACGCGUUCACCACUUGAGCGUUUUCGUACAAAACCCAAGAAGCCUUUAUCCGUGACAGACUUGAUAUCGCCAGCAUGGUGCGAGUUGCAGUACUUUUACACCCUCAGCAAGUUUGGGCGUAAACCGCGGACGCAGGUUAUGCGCACUGGCUCCAAGAUACAUCAGACGCUGGAAGAUCAGGUACAUACAACCGUGCAGGUACAGAUUGAGACCAAGGAAGACCGCUUCGGUCUUCGUAUUUGGAAUAUCAUAUCCGGUCUACGGUGUCUGCGUGAGACUGGCCUGACGCGCGAGCUGGAAGUGUGGGGUAUUAUCGAGGGCCAGGUCGUCAACGGCGUCAUCGACGAACUAUCGUACGAGUGUCCUGAUGCCGAGUUUGAGGAACAGCUCGAGAAGUCCAGGGCCGAGAAGAGUGGCGGUAUUCUUCCCUUGCCACCCGGCCAAAUCGGUAUAUCAGAGGCCUUUGCAAAGGCUUCCAAAGCCCAAGACGCCACUCUGGAGCCCGACCGCCAGGUCUACAUUGCCGAUGUAAAGACAAGAGGUGCAAAUUCGCUACCCAAAGGCGCUGCACUGCGUCCUACCUGGAUGCAACUAAUGAUAUACCGCAAACUCCUCGAGUCACUCUCACUAAACACAGUCGACGCCGAAACAGUCCUUCUCCGCUACGAUCUCCGACCGCUCGAACCCUUCACCGAAGUCUUCUUGCAAGAAAUCCAUGACAUGGGUCCUCAUGACGAAGCCUCCAAAUAUACAAAUCUCCUCUCCUUGUGGUCCUUGCUCGUUAGCGAAAUGCAGGCCGUUUUGCCACCGACUAGUCUAUCUCACAUACUUCGAGCAGAGUACCGAUACGCCAAAACGGGGGAUAUCAUUGGAUCGGAGCUCACGGCUUAUGACUCGGAGAUGAUUGAAAAGUAUCUUUCUGAAGAGAUGGAUUGGUGGAAGGGACGGAGAGAGGCAAAGGGCGUGGAGAUUGAAGAGGCAUUCAAGUGUCAGAUUUGCGAUUUUGCCGAGAAUUGUAGUUGGAGGAAGACAAAGGUUGAAGAGGCGAUUGAGAAGAGUAGGUUGAGGAGGGAGGCGAGGGAGACGAGUGCUGUGUGA